AUGGGGAAAGGUCACGCACUAAGCGACGGAGUGAUAAAGAAGAUCCUCCUCUCCUACACCUACGUGGCAAUCUGGAUCUUCCUCAGCUUCACCGUCAUCGUCUACAACAAAUACAUCCUCGACAAGAAGCUCUACAACUGGCCUUACCCAAUCACACUCACCAUGAUCCACAUGGCCUUCUGCUCCUCUUUAGCCAUCAUCCUCAUCAAAGUCUUCAAGAUCGUCGAGCCUGUCUCAAUGUCUCGCGACACUUACCUCAGAUCCGUCGUCCCCAUCGGCGCGUUGUACUCACUCUCCCUCUGGCUAUCCAACUCCGCUUACAUCUACCUCUCCGUCUCCUUCAUUCAGAUGCUCAAAGCCCUCAUGCCUGUCGCCGUUUACUCCAUCGGAGUCUUGUUGAAGAAGGAGACGUUCAAGUCUCAGACAAUGACCAACAUGCUCUCGAUCUCCUUCGGUGUCGCCAUCGCUGCUUACGGUGAAGCUAAGUUCGAUGUCUGGGGCGUUGUUCUUCAGCUUGGUGCCGUUGCUUUCGAAGCUACGAGGUUGGUUCUGAUUCAGAUCUUGCUUACUUCUAAAGGAAUCAAUCUUAACCCGAUCACUUCUCUUUAUUACGUUGCUCCUUGCUGUUUGGUUUUCUUGUCUGUGCCUUGGAUCUUUGUGGAGCUUCCGGUUCUGAGAGAGACUUCCAGUUUCCAUUUCGAUUUCGUGAUUUUCGGGACCAAUUCGGUUUGUGCGUUUGCGUUGAAUCUCGCUGUGUUUCUCCUCGUUGGGAAGACCUCUGCGUUGACUAUGAAUGUGGCUGGUGUGGUUAAGGACUGGCUCUUGAUCGCCUUCUCCUGGUCGGUGAUUAAGGAUACGGUCACGCCGUUGAACCUUUUCGGGUACGGGCUUGCGUUUUUGGGUGUUGGGUAUUACAAUCAUUGCAAGUUGCAGGCGUUGAAGGCGAAAGACGCGCAGAAGAAGGUUCAGGCUAGUGAUGAAGAAGCUGGGAAGCUUUUGGAAGAGAGGGAGAGUGAAGUUGCUGGAAAACGUAGCGAGAGUCAAGAUUGAUUCAAGAAUGCAGUUUCAGGGAAUAAGAGCUGAAGGAUGAUUUUGGUUGUUUGUCUAUGUUUAAGCUAUGGCUAAUUAUAUGAUUACAUAGUGAUUUAUGAAACUCCAUUGGAUCUUCGUUUGAGUUUUGUCUUUGUUAUCUUUUAACUUUUAAAACUCCAUAUGAAUCUAUCUUUGUGGUAAACAGUUGCUGUAGUAGUUCUUUAUAUUUUGCAUCAUGAGAGUUCUUUCUUUCUCCUUUGAAAACGUACUUU